UUUUGACUCAAAAUGAAUAAACUCGUCAUAGAUUACUUACGGUAGUUGACAAGUAAGCGCACAGUAGAAAGAAUGGGAAUUUGGGAGUGGAUUUAUUCACCCAUUAACGCCGUCAAACAGAACACUCCCAACAUAACGCCGGUGACAGAUGUUUGCCGGAAAACCUACGAUAUUUGUCGUGAUUCCACUGUUCAUGUCGCCGGCAAAGCACGUGACUUUCACGGGUACUUGUGCGAUGAUCAAGUUCGCGACAACCUUAGCAGUUUCGCCGUCAAUGUCUCCAAACACAGCGCCCUUUAUAUCGCCCGAUCAUAUGGGUGUGGUCCAAUAAUUGAUAUUGUUUCACGAUCAGUACAAGGAAAAAAGGCCGACUCACAUAAGGGAAAGAUAGAGGAGUUUGAGACUAAAUUAGCUAAACUUGAGGAGGAGUUGAGCUCUACUCAAUUAGAGAUACAAAGGCUGAGGUCUGUGUCGAAAUCCCAAGAUGAAUCCAACUUAAGUACUACGUAUCAAAGGCCAGAGGAUGUGCUGAACAUGUUUAUGAUGGAACGAUCUUUGGGUAGAAAACUUUUUGACAACCUGAUCAUUCCUGUCGAUGUUGGAUCUGAGAGGAAGGGGAAGACAGUGUCGAGUACAGAUGGAAAUUGUUAGUAGUAACAAGAAAUGUUCAUUGAUGUACUGUAUUAAUGCAUUGUACUAGUGUUUUAGUGUUUGAACCCCUCGGUGUCCCCUAGUAUGGCCUGUGUCUUGAACACCGUACGACACUCCUCUCUUGCUUUUCCAUGGUUGAUGCAUCUAAGAAUAUAUUGCCUAUUUAGUAACAUGAAAGGAAGCAAAGCAAGCUCUCUUGUUAGAUGCGGAGUAUGCUUCAUGAAGUUGCACUUAAUUAUUUUCA